AAUGAAUUAAAUAUUGAAUAUUACAAAAUGACAUUCCCUUCAGGAUUAUUAUCCUUUAUGUGUUACAUAAGUUUUGCAUUAUAUUUUAAUGAUUUCAUACAAACUUCAAUGAGUUCUACCAUUCAAUAUCCAUCAAUGAAUCAGAUUUUUUCAAAAGUUAAAGAAAUUGAAGAUUCAAAGAAUGAAGUAUUCAAUGAAAGUGAAUCAAAGACAUUAGUGAUCCAUCCGGUAAGAUCUGGUCUCUUUAGAAGAUCUAGACGAAAUGAUAAGGAUAAACAUAAUAAAAAUCGUAGAAGAAGAGAUCGUCAUAAGAAAAGUUUACGUUAUGUAUCAAAAAAGAAAGUAUUUGAUAAGAAAUAAUUUCAUUGAAAUGAUUUAUACUACUUAAAUGAAAAUUUUUUUGAUUUUAUACAUUGAAACAAUAUUGAUACUAUUUGUAAGUUUAAAUGAGAUAAUCAUACGUGUCUUAUAUAAACAAUCAUUUUAUUUGGAAUCUAAACCUAGCAACUAUCAUUCUAUGUUUCUUAAAUGUUUCCCAUUUAAAUACCCUUUUGAUUAUGAACUCAGUUUAUUAAAUUAAGACUUAAAGAGAUUAACUUGUUCAUGAGAUUUGUUUAAAUAAACAUUUGUAAUUUAA